GGGCUUCGCGCAGCGCCGCGAUCUGAUUGGCUGGCGUGUGCUGUCACUCACCACAAGCUCCGCGUCCCAUUGGUGAAAGACUAGCCCGUCGACUGGGACUCUCGCGGUACUGCUGCGUGAAGAUGGCGGCCGAACUGGUGGAGGCGAUGAACAUGGUCAAAAGUUUCCGGGUCUCAGACCUGCAGACGCUGCUGGCCUCCAUGGGUCGCAGCAAAAGCGGGCUGAAGCAAGACCUGGUGGGGCGCGCACUGAGGCUGGUGCAGACCGAAUACAGCCCUGAGCUGCUAAAGAACGUCCGGCAGCUCUACGAGUCGCGGUUCCCCAAAACCACCGGCUGGCUGGCGGCGCGACGCCCAGACGGCAUCCCGGUAUCCUACUCGUCCAUCAGCUCGUCCCCCUCUGCCACCUCUCAGGGCAUUGAAUACCUCAACGGCAUCUCCAAACCGAUGGCCACCCCCCCUCUAGAGGUCAAGCUGGUGUCCUUGCCCUUCUAUCAAACAUUGGAAACACUGAUGCACCCGACAGAGCUAAUUAGUCAAACUAACGGGAAACUGCAAGACAAUCAGUGCAUAUUUGAGCUGACACCGAGUCAAGCAGACCAAAUCAGAAACGCACGUGAAAUUCAUCCGGAAAUGACGUCAAUCCAAGUGGUUCUUAGAAUAUGUUACGCGGACUCUGUUGGUGUCCAAGAGGACCAGUAUCCUCCGAACAUUGCUGUCAAAGUCAACCAGACAUACUGUCAUGUCCCAGGCUACUACCCCUCAAACAAGCCUGGCGUCGAACCUCGUCGUCCUUGUCGUCCCGUGAACAUCACUCCUUGUUUGCAUCCCUCCAGCCUCACUAACCGAGUCACCAUCACCUGGGGAAAUUUUGGCAAGCGGUACUCUGUAGCAGUGUAUUUGGUAAGGAUGUUUACUGCAGCAGACCUCUUCAGCCAACUCAAACUCUGCUCUGUUGAGAGCGCAGAACGCUGCCGUGAGCGUAUUCAAGACAAACUUCGUUUUGACCCAGAGAGUGAGAUCGCUACUACAGGCCUCAGGGUUUCUCUCAUUUGUCCUCUGGUGAAGAUGCGAAUUGGAGUGCCGUGUCGAGUUUUAACCUGCGCCCACCUUCAGUGUUUCGACGCAGUCUUCUUCCUGCAGAUGAACGAGAAGAGGCCUACAUGGACUUGCCCUGUGUGUGACAAGCCUGCACCCUUCGAACUGCUCAUUAUUGAUGGGUUGUUGUCCGAGAUUCUCAAAGAGACACAUGAGGAUAUUGAAGAAAUUGAGUACCUGACCGACGGCUCCUGGCGAUCCCUCACUGACGACAAAGAGAAGGAGGAACGGGAACGCAGCAAUACGCCAGAGUACUCUGUGCUUGAUACAAGUGUUCUUGAGACAAACGGCCAUUCGCCGGCCCACAGCAGUGCCAGUCUGACGGGCAAAUCCGGAGGCGGUCAGGACUCAGGACAGCCCGGAGGCGUUGUGGUCGAUCUAACUCUUGACUCUUCCUCUGAGGAGGAAGGAGGCGGGGCCGGGGGCGACAGCGAGGACACGGAGGACAGCUCGGAAAGCCCCGCCUCCAAGAGAGGUCGAUACAACUACGACAAGGAUUUGGUCACGGCUUACUGACCACCCUGUGCACCGCUACCAUUACACCCUCAUGGACUCUUGACACACGAGCGGAAAAAGCUAUGGGGGGCUGAAAGCACGAGUAAUGCGCUAGACGGCCAAACAUCAGAACCUUCUAGCAACUCUGCUAAACUCCAAAAACGCACACGGUUAAGAAACUUCAAUCUUGUGUCGUUAUUAGGACUCCUGUUUGUACUUGACACCACUGGAAGGCACUAUUUACCAGUUUUGGCCGACCGUUGUCCCUGCAGCAAAUAUUUAAAGUCUACUUCCUCAGUGAGAGAAAUUAAAAGGAUCAGUAAACCCGUCAUCCCCCUUCUCCACCAACACCUAUUUUCUCUCGUUCUCCUCUUGACAGACCUUUUCCUCAUUGCUCUCUGACCAGGAACUACUCUCUUUAAGCCGCAGGUGUUCAGCAUGCAUCUGCUUUUCUUUGUUGGGGACGAAUUUGUGAUAAAGUGGGCGACAGAAAAAUGGCAACAGACUCGAAACAAGGUGGAAACCUCUCACAUAAAAUUGUUUUUUUUAGGAAUUUAUCCUUUUUAUUAUGACGAAGUAUAUAAUAACACAGGCCUCAAUGUGUUGAGAUUUUUAUUUUAUUUUGUAGUAGAUCAAAAAAACCUACCUCAGUCAUUAUACACUUAGCAGACUGAUCAGCGGGGUAAAAAGCUUAGAAGCCCAUUUUUACACUGGAGAUCUUCGUUGUUUUCAUUAUUGUAUUUUUUAAACCUUCUAUGCAGUUGAUCUUGAGCGAUGUGACACAGGAUAUACCAGGCUCAAUAUCGGCGCCAGUAGAGGACAAUUGUGAAGUUUGGGAGCCAUUGCUGUGUCGUCAGCGGAAGAGAACGCGCUUUGUGCUUUUUCUUGAGAUUUCCUAGAGACGUGUAUCUAAAUUGUUCACGCAUGUUUUCCUUUCACCUCGCACAUUUGUCUCUGAAUGGACAGCUACUAUUGCAGCGGUUUGGAUGUUGGGCUUCGUAAUUGGUCAGGGAAUUCUAGCAUUAUUUCACAGGACUUUGCUGCUUUUUGCCGCGCACCUCAACAUUCAAUCCAAACUGAGCUGGUCGAUAAUUCGAGCCCACCAAGUUUAAAAGAGUCACUGAUUGGAUUACAAGUUGUCAAUCCCCGUCGGCCUCCUGGCAGUGUCGUUUAAGGCCACCUCCAAGCUUCAUACUUCUGUUGUCCGUGAGGGAAGUUGUCGCUGGAACUGUUCGCACACCUUGUAUCAUUCAAGAGGACCAGGAAAGGUGAGGACCGCAUGUCCCUCUUAUGUUGCGCAAACACAUUUGCUUUUCAAAAUAGGGUUCAGUUAAAUCUGGUCUUCCGAUUUCUUUCUAUGUCCAUAGGUUAUUCUCAAUGAGGAGUACAAAUAAUAUAAUGAACCCAUCAUGUUUGUAAGUAAACACAUCUAUUAAAAAGGACACUUAUUUGUUGCUAUAGGUUGUAGAAGAUGGUCAUUCAUUGCUUUGUUUGCCUCACAUUGGAAGCUACACUAAGUUGUGUGGAACUGAGCCAGGUGAUGUUUGGGGGGGGAGGAUGAUGUGGCAUCUCAUUGUAAUGGUAAACCUGCAUUAAGGUAGCAUGGACAGAGGCUUACAAUCCAUGAUGUAAAUGUUUUUGGUUGUUUUUUAUAUGUUCAUAUUAAAAAGACAAUAAAA